AUGACAACAAAGGCAGUUGAUGUAAUGGCAGUAGUUGCAGAUUUCUUUGAAGAGUCGGGACUGGAUUGGAACAAACUGGAAGGGGUUUGCACAGAUGGUGGCCCUAAUAUGCUUGGUUCACGAUCAGGAUUCAUUACUCUUGUGAAGCAGAAGCAGCCUGAUUUAAAAGGAACACACUGCAUGAUCCAUAGAGAAGCUCUCGCCUCAAAGACAGUUCCAAAGAACCUUCAUGAUGCUUUGACUGUCAUCAUAAACAUUGUUAACUAUGUGAAAGGAUCAGCCUUGAACACUCGCCUCUUUCGCGAACUCUGUCGGGACAUGGAUGCUAACCACACUGCUCUUUUAUUUCACACACAAGUGCGAUGGCUUUCAAAAGGGAACAUGCUGGCGCGGGUCUUUGAACUGCGGGAAGAAACAAAGUUGUUUUUGAUUUACAGCAACAAGGUGGACCUGCUGUCUGCCUUCAACAAGGAAUUACAGGAACAAAGGAGCAACGUGAUUGUGCACACGGACACCAUCAAUGCUUUCAUGGUGGAUGAUGUCCCUGAGGACAUGCAAAAUGAGUUCUUGGAGCUCAAACAUAACUCUUCUACCAAGGAUGAGUUUCGUGCACAAGAUCUUGAAGAAUUUUAG